AGCACAAUGUGGGAUAAAGUCCUGCAGGUGGCUUUAUUUCUAAAGUUCUGGGCUGUGCUGCUGUCGAAGCCUCCUGCUCCCCCUUGCUCCCAAGACCUACUUCUGGACUUAACUGCUGCAUAAGGAGUAAUCACCUACCUAAAAGUGAUGCUGGAGUCAGUAACUCAGAGCACAUUUCUGCCAAACACAAUGGUUUGUGAUCCCCUGAUGUCUUUGACAGGACUCUUUGGGACAACUGAAGAUGUCUACACUGUCUGUGAUCAUCAAAGAGAUCCUAAUUCUUUCUGGACAUCUAUCCACCCAGAAUACUGGAGUGAGCACAAUGUCUGUGAAUGGUUGCAGUUUUGCUGUAACCAGUACAAACUAGAUGCCAACUGCAUUUCCUUUCCCCACUUCAAUAUCAAUGGCUUGCAAUUAUGCAACAUGACCCAGGAAGAGUUUCUAGAAGCUGCAGGCAUUUGUGGUGAAUUCCUGUAUUUCAUCUUACAGAAUAUCAGGAUGCAUGGUAUUUCCUUUUUUAAUGAUGCAGAAGUAACAAAGCCAUCAAACAAGGACUGUAAGUAAACUUAUUUGUACAUGAUAAGCUCCAUUCAGCAGGAAACACUGUAUUCAAACAUCAGCAACCUACAGAAUUCUCACUUGUGGGAAUUUGUAAGGGAUCUGCUCCUUUCUCCUGAAGAAAAUGGUGGUAUCCUGAAAUGGGAAGACAGGGGACAAGGCAUUUUUCGUGUUGUUAAAUCAGAAGCUCUGGCAAAGAUGUGGGGACAAAGGAAGAAAAAUGACAGAAUGACAUAUGAAAAAUUGAACAGAGCUCUCUGUUACUAUUAUAAAACAGGCAUUUUGGAAUGAGUGGACAGAAGGCUGGUGUACAAGUUUGGAAAGCAUGCCCAUGGUUGGCAGGAGAACAAGAUGUGAAUUGCCUCAUGUUUCCUUCUCAGUACAGAAUGUGCCACAUCCUGAAUUAUAAAGCUGCAAUGGAUACUUGAGGGAGAGUUUUUCUGCUCCCUCUCUCCCCUCUGUCAGUCUGGUUGAACUCAUUGCAGAUUGCUUCAAAAGACAGAGUAGAGCAACAAAAACAGCACUUGAGUUUUGGAGUUGUCCUCCCCUUCAUGAUUUCUGCCAAGCACUAUCUCUUGUACCCCUUUACUGCUCCUCAAGAGAUAAAGAUUAAUGUUGAUGUUUCAACACU